UGCAACUACUAUAUAAAAUAUAUUAUUUACUGUUGACACUAUAAUUAGAGAAUGUUAUUAUAGAGAAAAUACAUCAACAAAUAUUAAAUACAAAUCAUUAAUUCAUCAAAACAUCCUGUAUAUAUUUAAACACAGAUGCGCAACAUCUCCUUCAACACACACCUUCUAUUUCCACGUCCUAUCUAUAUUACUCUUUCCCUUGAAAACAUCAAACUUUAACCCCCAAAAAUCAAUAAAGGAGAAAGAGAAGAAGAGAGAAAGAAAAAAACCCAGAAGCAAUGUCUUAUUCUUCCCUUAAAUUGCCAAUCUUUCUCCUUCUCUCAUCUCUUCUCCAUGCCGCUUUAGGGGAAGAAAUUGUUUGCGAGAAUCUGCCCACGAAUAUGUGCGCGUUCUCAAUAUCGGCUUCCGGGAAAAGAUGUUUAUUGGAGACAGCUAACGUCGCCGGAAAAUACACUUGCCGGACUUCCGCGGUGGAGGUGGAAGGGAUUGUAAACCACGUGGAGAGCGAUGAGUGUGUAGCCGCUUGUGGAGUUGAUCGGAAAACCGUAGGGAUCUCGUCGGACGCAAUGAUGGAGGCAGGAUUCGCCGCUAAGCUUUGCUCGCCGGCUUGCUUGGACUAUUGCCCUAACAUUCUUGAUCUCUAUUUCAAUCUCGCCGCCGGUGAAGGUGCAUUUUUACCCGAUCUGUGCGAUGCUCAACGGAUAAAUCCCCACCGUUCGAUGUUGGAAAACCUCAGCUCCGGCGCCGCUCCUGGCCCUGUCUCAGAGACCAGUCCAGGCCCCGUCUCCGAAGACUUACCUGCUCUAGCUCCGGCUCCUAUGUAAAAUUAAUAUUAUUAAUUUCACGCGUGUGCCAUGCAUGAUUUAUAUUUAAUAUUUCGAUUGAUAAUCCGUAUACAAUGGAUCGUAUCUUACAUUUAUAUGAUUUGGUGCUAGAUCAUCAAUUGAAUCAUAUAAAAGGAGAGGAUACAGAGUGAGUUUGAUUUUUGGUCCUGUUUCUUAAUAUUCCCCUAUAUAAUAACAACUUUGUAAUACCACUGUUUUGUUUUCUUGUUCGAUAAAUAACUAUGCCAUGUGCAGUCGCAAAGAAACCGACUAUAUUAUCUGUUUUGAUAAAUAUGAUUUGACUAUAGAUCUUCUUAUAUAUGUCUCUGGUUCAAUUUCUCAUGAAUCUUAUCG